AUGAGCAUUUUUCGUCCCCGAUGGACAGCAGGAGGCCCAUUUGAUGAUACCUCAAGUGUGCACCCUAAUAAUCAGCAAAUGCGCGAUCUUGCCAAGGUGGACGAUGGCGUUCAAGGACAUCAUAGUCCCGAGACUUGGUUCUUCGCCGCCGAAAGACUCUCUAGCGCUCUUCCAACGUUCCCUUGGGCCAAGUUUCGUCUGGCUUACGUACACCUUCUCCUAGAGGAUCUGGAUGGUGCUAUGGAGCUUUUUCAGGAGGCUCGCAAGUUGAUCUCCAACGCGGAUGCGACAUUUGAGGAGUACUUUGCUUCAUUGAAAGCUGCAGUUGAGGAGGAGAAUAGAAAAGCUGAACUUGCCUGGUCCCACCCAGAAGAUGACGGCGUCAUUGUGCAACAUUGGCACCCUCCUCGAGACUUCGACGCCUUUCGGCACCAAUUCCCAUCACAUACCAGCGAGCUUCUUCGGGAAUGGCACUCGUACCAGCAGAAGCUCGGACCCGAUAUCGCCGCUCAGCGCUACGCUCGACUAGCUGCAGUCCAGUCAAGCGAGCUAGAGGACGUCUUCACCCUUGGAGGGGAAUCUCUGAAUCGCAUUGUCAGAGCCGGCUUCUUCGGCCACGCGGUUGACCGAGUCCUUAAAGGACCACCUGGAGGAAUAGAACACAUUGUCCAAAUCCUGAGGGACUUCAAGAGAUGUCUCAAUUACUUCUCAGCAAGUGUGUUGCCUGCCGACGCCAUCUCUCAAGAUGACCUCCGUUCCAUGCAUCGGGAACUCAUGAAGUCGUCUCGUAUUGGCUUCGUUCAUACCGAUGACGACAGUCCGAUACCCUACCUCAACAUGGUUGGGGACUACCGCCGACGUCUCGUCAUCGCCGACAUGAACCCUGAGGACGCCAACGAAGACGAGCCGCCGCGCAUUGUUCAAUUCGCUCGCCAUCAAGAGAUCGAAUUACACAUGCAGACCUUCCUGGAAAUGAUGCAUGAACGACUUUCGAAAUUUACCUUGGGGACUGGCGAUCCAAUAGCAUUUGCUCUCGCCGCGUGGAUCCAUUAUCACCUUGCCGUUAUCCAUCCCUUCACGGAUGGUAAUGGACGUCUUGGCCGUAUCGUUUCUUCCUUGCCGCUACUGAAGGCGGGUUUUCCUCCAAUUAAUAUUCGCCGAUGCAUGAAACCUAAGUACUUGGAAGCUCUUCACAAGGCUGCUACUACUCAAGACCUCGGCUUCUUGACCGAACUUAUAGCCAGUGAGAUGCGAGAGUCAAUCCGAUAUCUUUCCACGCUGCACCCUCCGUCUUCCGACGACUCUCAAUGGCGACUAAACAUCAACGACGGUGUCACUCGUAUCGUCAUAUAA